UGGGGUAACCAGUAUUAACCUUGAGUUAACCAGCAUUAACUCUGGGGUGCGGUGUGGAUUAACCAGUACUAACUGUGAGAUAACCAGCACUAUACCCGUCAACCACACUAUCCCUGUUAACCAGCUCUAACUGUGAUAUAACCAGCACUAUCCCCAUUAACCAGCUCUAACCGUGAGAUAACUAGCACUAUCCCCGUUAAUCAGCACUAAACCUGAGAUAACCAGCACUACCCCCAGUAACCAGCACUAACCGUGAUAUAACCAGCCCUAUCCCCAUUAACCAGCUCUAACUGUGAUAUAACCAGCACUACCCCUGGUAACCAGCACUAACCCUGAGAUAACCAGCACCACCCCCGGUAACCAGCACCACCCGUAAUGGACGUCCCCCCCCCCGGACCGAGCAGCGUCUGCGGGGGAGGAGUCCCCGGACCAGGACCACACCCGAUUGGACCCGUUCAGACGAGGCCCCGCCCACCCGUUGCUCCGGUGACGCUCGCCGAUGGGCGUCACUUUCACCCAAUCAGCAUCGAGCGGCGGCCGGACGGGACCCGGAGCGGGAGCGGCUGCCAUGAUGUCCCAGGUGUUCGUCCUGUCGUCCCGCGGAGACCAGCUCAUCUACAAGGACCUGCGCGGUGAGGAACAGAAGGACGUCAUCGAUGUAUUCUACCAGAAGGUGACGGCUCUACCCAGGGACCAGGCCCCUGUGGUCAUGCAUCACCGGGGCCUGCAGUACAUCCACCUGCGACAGAACACCCUCUACUUUGUGGUAACCACCCGUUCCAACCCCUCUCCAUUCACCAUCAUCCAGUUCCUCAGCAGGUUGGUCGGUCUCAUCAAGGACCACUGCGGAACUCUGAGUGAGAAAACCCUGCGGUUAAACUUUGCCCUGGUCUACGAGCUCCUGGACGAAAUGUUGGAUUAUGGGUACAUCCAGAGCACAUCGACCGACGUCCUGAAGAACUUCAUCCAGACUCAGCCGGUUGUCUCCAAACCCUUCAAUCUCUUUGAGCUCAGUAACAUUGGUCUGUUUGGAGCAGACACACAGCAGAGUAAGGUGGCGCCCAGCAGUGCCGCCAGUCGACCCGUCCUGGCCAUGCGGAGUGAACAGGGAUCGAAAACCGAAAUCUUCGUCGACGUCGUCGAGCGUCUGACGGUGGUGAUCGGAGCCAAUGGGAGCCUCCUGAAAGCAGACGUACAGGGAGUGGUGCGCCUGAAGUGCUUCCUACCCAGCAGUACGGAGAUCAGGAUUGGGUUAAAUGAAGAAUUCAGUGUUGGGAAGGCCGAGAUCCGAGGGUAUGGCACCGCGGUCAAGGUCGACGAGUGCAGCUUUCAUCAGUCGGUUAAACUUGAGGAGUUCGAGACCAACCGGAUCCUGAGAGUUGUUCCACCCCAGGGGGAGAUGACCCUGAUGCAGUAUCAGCUGUCGGACGACCUUCCCACCUCCCUCCCGUUCCGACUGUUUCCCACUGUGGACAGGGACCUGAACAGCAGGCGACUGAUGGUGUUCCUGAAGCUCCGCUCCGAUCUACCCCCAAAGAGUCAGGCCCUGAACAUCACGGUGCAUCUGCCGGUGCCCAAGGGGACGGCAAGCCUCUCCCAGGAGCUGAGCAGCCCCGAUCAGUCUGCUGAGCUGGUGGCUGACACCAGGUCUGUGCGCUGGCAGAUCCCCGCCUUUCCUGGAGGUUCACAGUUCACGGCACUGUUCAAGCUGGAGGUCCCUGGACUGAGUGCCUCGUCGCUGCUGGAGCUCGGUCCUGUCUGCAUGCAGUUUGAGCUACCCAUGACCACCUGCUCAGGGCUGCAGGUCCGAUUCCUGCGCAUUACUGCCCUGCAGCCUCCGUUGCCUCAUCGCUGGGUCCGAUACGUCACACACAGCGACUCCUACGUCAUCCGCAUCUGAACUUACUGGUGUGCUGAUGGGAAUCGGUUUGCAGAGGAGCGAAAUUGUCCAGGACUGUCCAAGAAUUGAUCCCUGUCAGAGUAAGGAGGCCACUUCAUCAGCCAGUCACUGGGCAGUGCUGAUCUAUCAGAGCGAAGUUGCCUGGGCAGUGAUCACAGGCAUCACUGUGAGUGACCCUUUCCUCCAGAGCCAAUUCAUGUGGUAGCACAGAGGGUUCUCGGUGAAUUACUGGGACAGAGAUGGUGACUCCAUCAUCGCUAUGCUUUCAGAACAAAUGUACAAUUGAUGUAAAUAAGAAACUUUGAGUUAGAGUGUGUGCAAUUAGUAGAAUCUAUGGAGGGUGGACACUAGAGACCAAGAGCACUGAAGCAUGUCCGCAGAUGACAAAGGCACAAGGACUUCAGCAGCAGAUCAGGUGAGGAAGGGCAGCGUUAGAAAGGGGCAGCUGUGAGGGGGAAGAAAUGUGCUUGAGAGGUUUGAGGGAGGAACGUGACAGCGUAGGUGUUUGGCAGAUGAGACCAUAAAUAGUGAAGUAAUUAAAGUCUUAGGGGUACCAGAGGCCAAAAAUGGAGAUGAGCAGAGACCUUACAAUUGUAGGGCCAAGAGGAGUUGCUGAAAUAGAGGGCAAGGACAUGGAGGGGUUUCCAAACAAGGAUCAGAACUGAGCUGUUCCUUAACUGGGGCCACUGUCAUUCAGCGAGCGUGGCUGAGUGGGACGAUCACGUACAGGCAGCAGAGGGUUGGACGAGCACGGGUUUAUGGGGGACAGAAGAUGGCUGGGAUUUGGAAUGAACAAGUUCAGAAGUGACCAAGGUGCAGAUAUGGGUUUGAGCAGCAGGUCAGGGGUAUGUUCUGGAAGUUCAGCUUGGUGUCAUACAACAAACAGGCCCUUUGGCCCAUGAUGUGCUGAACUAAUUGAGCUAAUGGUGCCUAAUUAAACUAAUCCUUUCUGCCUGCA